GGACACUCUGUUCUCUCACAGCUCACUGGUUUUAACUCGGACUGGACCAAUCCACCGAGGUGUAGUUCCAGCUCCACCCAAUGGCAGCUGCUGUCACUCGCAGUCAGAGGUAGGAGCAGGCUCCUGCUGAAGUCUAGAUUAAAUAGUCUGACAGAAGAUUGGCUUUUAGUUUGUGUGUCUGCAGCAGAGGAGGAGGAUGGGGGGCAAUAGCCCAAGUCACUUCUCUAAGGAAGAGGAGGGAGGAGGAAUCACUUUUGUGAAGGGUAUCCUGCUGUCAGACAGAGUCAUCAACCGGAUGAAACGAUCAUCAGAGGUCAACAGUCCUCACAUCCCACCAGAACCACAAACAGCAGCACCCUCUGCAGUUCCUGUCCAGCCUGGAGAACACCUCCCACCUCCUGCUGCUCCUCCUCCUCCUCCUCCUCAGGAAACCAGACCCACACCACCACCAGUAAAACCUGCUCAUCCUGUAAAACCCAUCCCUCUUUCCCUUCCAGUGAAGUUUCCUUCUCUUCCUUCAGCUUCAGUGGAAUCAGCAGAGCAAACCCCUCCUCCUGCUGCAGUUUCUGAAUCUGUUCCUUCACCUCCUGGUGUAAAAUCAGACGUCUCACCUUCAGCAACAACCUUUGAACCUGCUGCUGAGUCUGCAGCCUCAUCACCUCCACCAGCUGAACCAGUCCCAUCCUCUCCUGUCGAUUCUGCUCCAGCUGAAGCUCUCACCGAGCCUGUGCUCUCCUCCGUGGCUGAAGAGGACCCUCCAGCUGUGGAUUCAGGGACCCCUCCACCUCUUCUGCUCGCUGCAGCGGCAGACCUUGAUGCAGCUGCGCCCUGUUGGAGUGAAAAGCUGUUGGUUGUUCCCUCUGAUGCAGCUGUGAACGAGACAAGUGCUGAGGGGCCGAGCAUCACACACCUACCUCCUGAGGAUGAAAGCCCUGCUGGUGCUGCAGGACCACCACCUGCUGCAGGCCAGACGGAAGUCACCAUCCAGGCUACAGGCCACCAGUUGAAAAGUUCUGCAGCUUUGCCCGUGUGUCCUGAAUCAGUGGAGGAGGAGCUGAGGCAGAAGAUCAAGGAGGAGCUGCAGAGAAGCCUGGAGGAGGAGAUGAAGCAGAAGAGACAGAAGCUCCAGCAGCAGUUGGAGGAGGUCAGGCUUCAGGCUCAGGUGGAGCAGCAGGUGAGCAGGACGCUGAAGGCGGAGCCAGCGGAGGAAGAGAAAAUGAAGACAGAGGAUGAGACGCUCAUGGUGCAGCUUUAUUGGAUGGAGCUGAAGGCUCAGCAGCUGGAGGAGAGAGAGAAGCAGAUGAAGGAGCGAGAUGUUAUCUUCAAGGAACACUCUGCAAAGCGUGAAGCAAAGUUUUCAGAGUUUUGCAGAGUGUCUGCAGAGAACUUCCAGAGAGGCAAAGAAGAGACUCAGAGGCGUUUUGCGCGUUUUAACACUCAGCCGGUGUGUGGACAUCUGCAGGCUCAGGUACUGAAAUGCUACAAGGAAAACCCAGGAAAAACUUUGACUUGCUCGGGAAUCGCAUCGGCCUACAUGCAGUGUGUGGACAACGCCAAGAAAGUGCACAUUAAAACUUAAACUGGAACUUUACAGCUCGAUCCAUUAAUCACAGAUAAUAUUUUUACUGUGACAGCUGCUCAGCGGAGGGUUAAAGUGACGUUUUUACUGCUGCAGCAGAGACUCUAAUACAACUUGUUUAUGAACCUGAAGCUGUGCCAUGAACCCACAGAUCUGUGAGCGUACCUGGUUUUGAUACCUUUUUAGGACUGUUUCUAGUAUUACCUUGUCAGGACCAAUUUUUUUUUUUUUCAGAGACCAAAGUCUGGUCCUAAUAUGGUGGAAUGCCAAAAGUAUUGAGUUUAGGUUAGGGUUAGUUAAGUAUUGGUGUGGUUAGGUUCAGGAUUAGGCUAGAGAAAUGAAAGUCAAUACACAGUCCUAAUAAGGACAGAAAAAAAACUUGUGUGGUGUAGGUGUAAAGUAUUUAUACUGAAUAAUUCAGUGUGCCUUAAAACAAUGAAAACCAACAAAUGGAGUGUAGAUUUAGAAAAGAAAUGUGCAAAAUAAAAUUUGAGAUGUUCAAAGUUCAGCAAUAAAGUUUGAUAUGUAAUAUUGUAAA